AUGUCCGCGCUAACGUCGAGUCCGCACCCGAUCCCUAGGUUUGAGCAACAUGUGGGUUUCGAUAAUCUGCCCGUUGGGGAAGCUACCAAGAACAACCCCUCGUCAUUUACUCUGCAAGCCAGACACCAGGGCUACCAUCCGUCGCGCAGGUCCCGCACUUUCAUGAUUGGGAUUGACGAGCAUGCCUAUUCCGAUUAUGCGUUGGUUUGGCUGCUGACCAACAUGGUGGACGAUGGCGACGAGGUGGUGUGUGUGAGAGUCCUUGAGGGCCCUCUCCGCCCGGAAAAGAACUAUCAGGAGGACGCGAGGAAGCUGUUGGAGGAGAUCCAAGCCAAGAAUGAGCUGAACAGGGCGAUCAGCAUCGUCCUGGAGUACUCGGUUGGGAAACUUCAUGAUACGUUCCGGCAGCUACUGGGGAUCUACAACCCGUCCAUGCUGGUGGUCGGUACCAAGGGACGGUCGUUAGGAGGGAUCCAAGGACUGAUGAAUACACGGAACUCGUUCUCAAAAUACUGCCUUCAAUACAGCCCAAUCCCGGUUGUGGUGGUCCGACCCGACGACAAACGACUAAAGAAAAAGGAGAAGCGCUCACAGGAUCCAGCGCGGCAGAGCUAUGCCACCAUGCUUGCAUACAACUCGGGUAAGCAUGAGGCCGACAGCGAUGCCGGCAGCGUGUACGAGUUUUUGAAGUCGAUAUCUGAGGAUGAGGAGGCGCACCGGGUCGCCGCAGCCAUCGGGCUGCCAGCUGCAUUUGACCCGACCAUCAAGCCUUACACCCCUCGAGAUUCUACCCGUCGCCGGUCCUCACCCUCGACUUUUGCCUCGGCUACGUCAGGAAGAGCCGCUUCCUCUUCCCCACCACUGACUCCGCUUCGCGGCGAAAGUGGGGAUGAGGAAAGCGGCGAUGAGGAGGACGAAUUCGAGGUCGAAGCCGUAUCGGCCCGCCAGGACGUACCCGAUGAGCGGGAAGAGACCAAGCUCGAAAGGCAACGGAAGGAGCGGCUCCACGCUAUGGAAGUCUGCGAAGCCGCUGCCCUGUUGAAGUCGGGCAAGUCAAAAGAGCCCGAGGAUGAUGAGGAGGACGAUGAGUCCCAGGAGAGAGGGGCGGAAGAUGUGUCCAAAUCAUAG